AUGCCAAAGGUAGAUGUGAGCGUGGAGCAGCUCAGGAGCGUGUAUGGGCAGCUACACGAGGCUUUGGAUGAACGAGCGGCGUUGCAUUUGCCCGGAGAGGCCGAUGAUACAGUUGGGCGAGACGUGAGAUUGCAAUUGCAGGAGUUUCUAGCACAGGUGCUUGAGAUGGCAUCUAGUUCUAUGCGAGUUGUGAAUGCUGAGGACAACGAUGGUAGCGUUGGUGUGAAAGAUCUGAUUUCGAAGUCGCAGGAGCGGUAUGUGGAACCGUUUGACCUUGAAUUGAAUGAGAGAGUCAGACAGGCGUAUAGAGAAUGGGAAGACUGUACAGUUCAAGUUGCCCAACUGCGACGGGAUGGCCCUAAAACAGUGGAUGAAGCGUAUGAAGGGGCGAAAGAUAAGUUCUUGGCAAAAUUAGAUGCGCAGAUCGCAGAGCUAGAAAAGCAUGAGGGCGCUGGCGUCCCUAUGGAGUCGCAGGAUAGUGUUGACAAGAUUUUGAAUGAACGCGUGGACCAAUACGAAAGUUCGCUAACAUCACUGCACGAAGCACAAUCGAACAUCCCGCAAAUAAGGACCAACCUGGGCAAGAUUAAGAGUCUAGUGGCCUAUCUCGAGGACCAACUCGAGUAA